AUGAGACUUUACGGUUUCGUUUUUCUAAUAGUGAGUAUCGAAGCGAAACAUAGAACAAAAUACUGUGAUGUUGUUUCUACGGAUCCGACCAAACAUUGCUACGUGAAAGAGAUUUUGACUUCCAUCGCUCACAGUCCGAACCAGUUGUCUGUGGACAGAACUUCCAACACUUUGUACUUCAGCUUCGAUUUUGGACAAGGGGAGUACGUGCCUGCAAUAUUAAACAUCGAAAGCAAGAAUAUCAGCGUGUUGAAAGGAGUCAAAGAUGCUUUUGCCAUCGCCAAUGAUCCGACAACAGGAGAAAUGUACUUCGGAGGCAGUCACGGCAUCUACAAGUACAAUGCCCCGAACAGGAGCCUGCAGAGACUCAACAUCAACAAUCUGGACAUUUGGUGGUUAUUCGUCAAGAAAAGGAUAUACUUCAUCAAGUUUCCUAGCCUCAGUGCAUUUUAUUAUGAAAACAAGACAAUAAGAUCUGUUCCUGAGCUUAAAAAGGAUAUUGUCCACCAGUUUGUUAUGGACAAGGAAGAUAACAUUUUCUUUAUAAAUGGUACUGGUCUGUUCGGUAUAAAGCAUGAUGACAACAAGCCGGUAUUGUUGCGAGAUCAUCCAAGGUUUCUGGGUAUUGCUACAGAUAUGAAUGGAUAUGUUCACGUUUGUAGUGAAGACGGCAUAUUCAUUGUUACCAAAGUGAUUCAAAAGGUAAAGAAAGUUAUCAAUGUGCAGGGAGUGUUAGGCAUCACCUUUGACAGUGCUAAUAAUAUAAUUUACUCUGAUUCUCAUGAGAUUAUAAGACUAGUUCCGAUGGCGAGGGAUAAUUAUUAUGAUCAACAUGAUCAUCGUUACGAUAAAGAUUAG